AUGGCUUCAAACACGGGCAAGCGCAUCGCCUUCACCGGCGGGUCUGGCAAGGCGGGCCGACACUGCAUCCCGUAUCUACUCAGCCAAGGACAUCAGGUCUUGAACCUUGACCUUGCUGACUUCCCCAAAGAACACAUCCCCGAAGGAAAGACCGUCUACACCAUGAAGACCGACUUGACCGAUGGGGCGCAAACGUUCAAUGCACUCUCAAGUUUAUUCUCGAUGGACGAGUACUCGCUACCGAAGCAUCCCGGUCCGCCUGAUGCCGUGGUUCACUUUGCGGCAUAUGCGCGGAACAUGAUCGUGCCGGAUAGUGAGACGUUCAGAGCGAAUGUGAUGAGCACCUAUAACGUCAUCGAAUCUGCGUGCAAGCUCGGAAUCAAGAAGGUCGUCAUUGCAAGCUCGGAAACCACGUAUGGUGUUUGCUUCAGUCAAGGCGACACCGACUAUGAUUCCUUCCCGCUUGACGAGGAUACCUACGACAGAAACCCAAUGGACACAUACGCCUGCUCCAAGCUCGCAGGUGAACGCAUCGCCCGCUCAUUCUCUCGCCGGUUCAACAACGACAUCUAUGCUCUGGUGAUUGGCAAUGUCAUUGAGCCGCAUGAAUACGCACGAGACUUUGCUCGCCACGUCGGCUCACCUGAGACACGGAAGCGAAAUGCGUGGUCGUAUAUCGAUGCUCGAGACCUGGGUCAGAUUUGCGAUCUGUGUGUGAAAAAAGAUGGUCUUGGUUUUCAGGUAUUCAACGCGACCAACAAUACCAUCACCACAGCGGUUCCCACCAACGAAUUCUUGAAGAAGCAGUAUCCCAACACACCAAUCACGAGGGAGAUGGGAGAAUGGGAGGCACCUCUCUCGAACAAGAAGAUCAGAGACGUCCUCGGCUUUAAGGAUGUACACGACUGGAGGAAAUAUUACACUCACAAAGGUUGA